AACCAAUGAAUAUGGGACACACAGAAGAUCAGUAUUCUUAAUGAGCUUGGUCUAUGACAUGAGACUAGACUAUCUUAAUAUUGUAAGAAUCUAAUUAAACUAAAUAAAUAAAGAAAUCCUCUUCUUUGAAAACCCGGGUGUCCAUGAGCAUAAGCUCUCAUGACUUUACUUUUAGUUUUUCCAAAAUGCUUCAUGCCAAUGGAGAUGUAUUCCUUACCUAUAAAUUCAUGAUCAACCUCUUAAUUAGUCGAGGUGGGACUCCUCUCCUAACAAUCCUGAACCGUUGGGUAUAAAAUGGCAAUGAUCAGACUCAAGAAAUUUGAAGCACCUCAAGUUUGUACUAAAGAGAAGGCCGGGAAGGUAGCCGCUAGCCAUUAUGUCUUUUAAAGGGUUGAGUGAACUUGCAGUAUAUAUAUACAUUAGUGGCUAGAGAGAGCUAGUUGUGUGUGUGUGUAUAUAUAUAUAUAUAUGUAUCAGUUUUUGUGUCAACGAAGAAGUGGGGAGAGAAAAAUGGGAUGCGAAGAAGAGAUUUUGAUAAUAAGAAGCUAUGAUGGACAAUAUGCAGAUAGAGUUAGAGGGAUUGGUUGCAACCUUGUCCUGUGUCUCGAGGAAUGGUUCGUGGCCAAUGAUGUAGACUAUACAUAUAUGGCAACGGAGAAAGACAAUGAAGCCUCUGUGAAACUAUUCAUCUACAAGCUUGGAUACACCAACUUUAGAGUUCCGGCGAUUUUGGUGAACCCAGUGAAACAUUACCGAUCAUAUCACCUCCCUUCCAAUAUCCAAAUCUCUCGUCUUAAAGUUGGCGAUGCCGAGUAUCUCUACCGAAAAUUCAUGGCCUCUACCGAGUUUUUCCCCCACGACAUUGAUCAAGUUCUUAGACACAAGCUAAGCCUAGGUACAUGGGUUGCUUACUAUAGAGACGACGACGACGCCUCCUCUGCCAAAUUUGAAACAAGUGGCAGCAAAUCAGAAAUGACAAUACCAAAGAGCUGGGCAAUGCUGAGCGUAUGGAAUAGUGGAGAGGUAUUCAAGUUGCGGCUUGGGAAGGCACCAUUGUCAUGCUUGAUAUACACAGAGAGCUCAAAGGUGAUAGACAAGAUCUUCCCAUGCCUAAAGUUACCAUCGAUACCAAAUUUCUACGAACCAUUCGGAUUCUACUUUAUGUACGGGGUUCACCGAGAGGGGGCAAGGACGGGGAAGCUGGUGAGGGCGUUGUGCCAGUACGUGCACAACGUGGCAGCCACAACAAGGGACUGUAAAGCAAUAGUAACAGAGAUUGGAGGAGAAGACUCACUAAGAGAGGAGAUUCCACAUUGGAAAUUGCUGUCAUGCCCCGAAGAUUUAUGGUGCAUAAAGGCAUUGAAGAAAGAAGCAAGAAAUAGCCUUCACGAGUUGACAAAAACCCCACCAACUACAAGACCAGCCCUUUUUGUAGACCCAAGAGAAGUAUGAAGACCAAAAUCAUAUCAGUAUUAAUAAAUCACAAACUAAACAACCAUCCAACAUAUAAAUGAUACUCGAAUCUUGUAUGUACGUACCACCAUACUACAAUUUUCUAACUCCAUGUCGUGUAUGACCUUUUUAGAAUAACUUUUCAAGUGCUUAAAAUACACUUUUCCAACACUUAAAUGAUCCUUUUUUAAGCACUCAAAAAGUUAUUUAAACAUGUCCUAUAGAUAGGUCUAUAUCCAGAAAAUCCAUGUCCAAUUGGAAUGGUGGGAGCUUUUAUGAUGUAACUUUCACAACAGUGACAAAAAAUCUUAAAAGAUUUCCCCAAUUUGGAGCCACCUUCGCAGUGUCCUUUGAAACUCUAGAAUAUAAUACCAAUCUCUUUCUGCGUUUUUGGGAUAACUUAAUCAUCAGCCUGAAGGUGGUCCGUUCUUUAUUAUUCCACCUAGCUGUUACCCUCUUUCCUUAUUUCCCGCAGUAAAAAAACAUCAUACUCAGAAUCCUAUUCAGACUGGGACCAAGAGGACAUUUUGAAGCAUAAUUUCAUCUUGUUUUUUUGUGCUGCUUCAAUUCAUAUAAACAAAAGUAUCUAAAGUCGCUACGAAACUAAGUCGUUCAACCCCUUAACCAAAAACUAAUCAUCUCGAAGUGGCCUUAACUCAAACUGGAAGUAUGAUGUGUCAAAAAAUUUGGAUCUUGGUUCAAUCUAAUGGGAAGUUCAUAAAUAACAUGAAGGAAUUCUAAAAGCUAAAAGGAAAAUCUUCUAUGGAUCAUAUAAAUGUCAACCAUCUUGUUUGUUUACACAUGAAAAAAAAAAAAAAAAAAAAAAAGAAGAA